AUGACGAUCACCCACUCCGCGCCCGUUCUGUCCAGUACACCAGCUCAGAGUAUCGUGGAUAACAAGUUACUUCGACCGUUCAGAAUGCAUACCCCCAACAUGCAGGCCCUAUGGGCGCUGUCGCCCUUGCUUUUCUCCGCUGCCAGUGCUCUCCCCCAGGCGAGCGUCACCCCGUCUCCUUCGUCGUCUGUUCCGGCGUCGAGCGCCCCUGCUCCCACGGCGACAGCUGGUGGAAACCCAUUCGAAGGAUAUGACCUCUACGUGAACCCGUACUACAAGUCCGAGGUGGAGAGCCUUGCUAUUCCAUCUAUGACCGGCGAGCUGGCUGAGAAGGCCAGCGCUGCGGCCAACGUUCCCUCUUUCCACUGGCUUGACACAACAGCCAAAGUCCCCACAAUGGGCGAGUUCCUCGAAGACAUCAAGAGCAAGAACGACGCCGGCGCGAAGACAGCCGGUAUCUUCGUCGUCUACGAUCUGCCUGACCGGGACUGCGCGGCGUUGGCCAGUAACGGAGAGUUCCUGAUCAGCGACGGUGGAGUCGAGAAGUACAAGGCGUAUAUUGAUUCCAUCCGGGAGCAGGUGGAGAAGUACUCGGACACGCAGAUCAUCCUGGUUAUUGAGCCCGACAGCUUGGCCAACCUGGUCACCAACCUCAACGUCGAAAAGUGCGCCAACGCCCAGGACGCCUAUCUGGAAUGUACCGACUACGCCCUGAAGCAGCUGAACCUGCCCAACGUUGCCAUGUAUCUUGAUGCCGGUGCGCACCAUCCCCCUACACAAUACUCUCAGACCGUCAAGCUAACACCCAACAGGCCACGCAGGAUGGCUCGGCUGGCCCGCCAACAUUGGCCCCGCCGCCGAACUGUACGCCUCCGUGUACAAGAACGCAGGGUCCCCGGCCGCCGUGCGCGGUCUGGCCACCAACGUCGCAAACUACAACGCCUGGUCCAUCGACACAUGUCCUUCCUACACCCAGGGCAGCCAGUCUGCGACGAGAAGACUUACAUCAACAACUUCGCUCCGCAGCUGAAGAGCGCUGGCUUUGAUGCUCACUUCAUCGUUGAUACGGGCCGCAACGGAAACCAACCCACCGGCCAAAGCGAAUGGGGCGACUGGUGCAACGUCAAGAACACCGGGUUCGGUGUGCGUCCGACCACCGAGACAGGCGAUGAGCUCGUCGACGCUUUCGUCUGGGUUAAGCCCGGUGGUGAGAGUGACGGCACCUCCGAUACCUCUGCGGAGCGCUAUGAUGCGCACUGCGGAUAUGCUGAUGCCUUGACACCCGCUCCUGAGGCUGGUACUUGGUUCCAGGCUUAUUUCGAACAGUUGGUUGAGAAUGCCAAUCCUUCUUUGUAA